AUGGCGUUCACUCUUGAGAGCUUCAUGCUGAUUUUCCAACUCACCUUCCAUGUGAUCCUUCUUCUGUCCCUUGACUUGUUUGCUCCUAUUCCGGUCUCAGCAACCAUACUUGGAAAUGAGACUGACAAGCUUGCAUUGAUCGAGUUCAAGUCCAAAAUUAGCGAUGAUCCUUUUGGAGUCCUGGCCACUUGGAACGAGUCCUUCCCAUUCUGUCAGUGGGUUGGAGUCGCAUGUGGCCUCAAACAUCAAAGAGUCGUCAGCUUGCUCCUAUAUAGUCAGAAGUUGAUUGGAACCAUAUCACCCCAUAUUGGAAAUCUUUCUUUUCCCCAAUCCUUCAACUUGGGAGACAACUCCUUUCAUGGUAAAAUCCCCCCCGAACUUGGUCGCUUGAUCAGGCUGCGACAGCUAAACCUGAGCAGUAACCUUCUACAAGGGGAAAUUCCACCUAAUUUGUCGCGGUGUUCCAAGCUCAUGGAUCUGACAAUUAAUAAUAACCAACUCAAAGGUCAAGUUCCUUUCGAGAUUGGCUCAUUGUCAGAGCUUGAAGUGAUCUCCAUCCAUCGCAACAAUCUUACAUGA